AUGCGCGCCCCGCGCCCGCCGCGGCGGCUGCUCCUGGUCGGCGGCCAGUUCGGCUUUGGGGGUGCGCAGGAGGCGGACGGGCCCUUGGCGCCCGACGUGCCCGAAGCUGCUGCCUCGGACGGGCUCGGCGACCUCGACGACUCCUGGGCCGACACCCGCCGAGGCGACGGCGGCCUCGCUGCCCCCGUCGGCGUCGCGCUCUUGCGGGUGGAGGCCGCGCCGGCCUUCGGGGCCGCGCGGUGCCCCUCGGCACGGCAGGCGCAGCCGCCCCGGGCCCGCCGCGUCGGGCCGCCGGCCGCGGCCAUGGACGGGGCCGGGCGCCCCGCGGAUGCCAGGUGGGGCCCGCCGGUCCGGCGCGAGGGCCCCGCGGAGAAGCCGCGGCGCCGGGCGCCGCGGGCGAACGGGCACGCGCGGAGGCGGCUCCGCUUCCGCGACGGGGAGCUGCGCGCCGCGGCGGCCAAGAGGUGGACGUGGAGCAAGGGUGACCUGCUGCUCCUGCGGCGCGGCCUCGUGGCCCAGCUGCAGGAGGACGCCCUCCGCGACCUGCUGCGCGCGCGCUGGGCCGCCGCGCCCGACGGCGGCCCGCUGGAGGCACGGGCGCGGCUGCUCGCGAGCGCGUGCGGCGAGGUCUCCGCCCUCGACGAGGACGAGCUCCUCCGGCAGCGCGGCGUGGAGCGCGUCGACUGGGCCCGCGUGGCCGAGAAGGUGAGCGCCAUGUCCCUGCAGGGCAGGGCGAACAGGCUGAACCUCGGCGCCGCCAACUGCCUCAUUCACUUUCUCCACGAGCUCAGCGGGCCCGCGUCGGGGAAGGCCCCCUUCGGCCACUGCCAGCGCGACGCGGCGGUUUUGGCCGACGCGGUGGCCAACUUGGGCCCCUUCAGGACCAUACCCUCCCAUGCUGCUGCCUAG